AUGUCGAAAUUGGUCAAGCUAAUAAAUCGUCGAGAUUACAGAACGAAAAAUGCAAUGGCAAAGAUCACAGUGGUCGAAAAGGCCGCAACGGACACUCCUGAAAAACCUUUCGGCGAGAAUAAAAAGCGCCACUGCAAAAAUAACAGUGAUCGAAAAAGCCGCGACAACAUCAUCGAUCUUUCUCAUAAUAUAACGUCAAUCUCUUAAUUCUCAUCGACAUAUUCAACAUACAUUUUCGCCCACAAUCAAUGCUAGCGCUUCUGCUUCAGUAAGGAGUAGUAGGAGACGCUUAAUUCUCAUCGAUAUAUUCAACAUAUAUUUUCGCCCACAGUCAACACUAGCGCUCCUGCUCCAGUAAGGAGUAGCAGGAGACGUUCAUAAAACUGAGUAUGGUCGAUACUGAGAAGCCUUUCGGCGAGGUAUGGGAGAUGCAAAAGCCUUUCGAUUUGCUCAAGCUAAUUAAUCGUCGAGAUUACAGUGGUGGAGGGGGUGGAGAUGGGGAGAAGUGGUGGGGGGGACGUUGAUAGGUAAGAGGAUAUCAAGAGGAAUUGAACUGUGUGGUUGUGAUUGAAUUGUGUGACUGCAAAUGAAUCGUGUGAUCGCGAACGAAUUGUGUGGCUGUGAUUUAAUAUGCCACCACCAUCUCAAUCAUCGCACAGCGAACAAACACAACAGAUCUCAAAUCCAUUUCAUGCCUUGAUAAAUCCGGUCUUGUAAAUGUGAAUGACAGACAUCGCCAGCUUGGGUAUAGUUGUCAUGGGGAUGAGGGGCUUAACUGAUAUGUAUGCAGUUUCACUAGAACCCAGCUUCAAAAACAUCGAUAUGGUUAGUCAUGCGACCAACAAUUAAGUAAAUUGCUGAUAAGGAUG